AUGGACCCAGGCGACAUAGUACCCAGCGAGCCAGAGCCCUCAGUCUUCAACUACGUGCUCUCCUUCCUCCUUGUCGGUGUAGCAUGGGGCUUCACAACCCCCUUUAUCAGGCGCGCGGCCGCAGACUUCAAUGCGCGACAGGAGAGACAGAAGGCGGGAAAUAGCGCUUCAAGUCCUGAACGAUCGAGAUCGCGCUCUGUUGCUGAGCCAAACACGAACAACAUAAACACAAACGCGCAGCUGGAGGAUUGGGAUGAUUCUGAGCAUGGUGCUGAGCAGAGGUUGAUGGGUGGCGUUGGUGAUGAGGAGCAGCAUUAUAUGGAUGAAAUUCCGACUGAGACUGUGAGAAGGAGGAGUAGUAGUGCUCAGCGCAAAGCUGGGGAGAACGCUAAUGCUACUGUCGAUGCCAAUGCCGCUGCAGUGGGCGAUGACGAGGAUGAUGUGCUACUGCCAGUGUCUACUUCUGCCUCUCCAUCUAGCUCGCGGUCUUGGUUGCGCUCGAAGAUUGUUUCUGUUUUUUGGACUGUUGUUAAUCUGCUUCGGACACCUGCAUAUUCUAUUCCGCUAGUCAUCAAUUUGACUGGGAGUAUCUGGUUCUUCUUGCUUGUUGGCAAGCAUGAACUUUCUUUGACGGUACCGCUUGUUAAUUCGAGUGCAUUCCUCUUCACUGUACUUGGGGAGUGGUAUGUUGAUCGCAAGGUCAUUGCUAAGGAGACUUGGUUGGGGUUGGUUCUUGUGUUGGGUGGGAUCGCAUUGUGUGUUCAUUCAAAGAAUCAGACUGUUUGA